UCUUUGAUGGCAUCGACACUAAACGCAAAGAAUAUGAAUAAUGAGAAGAUCUCUUCCGUGGAUCGGGUGCACCAUCUCAUGAGGACAGACACGUCCAGCAAUGAAUACAACACAACGAACAAGCUGAGGGAUGACUUGAUGCCAGUGCCUCCGAGUACGGGUCGGCGUCGAAGUAAUGCCUUUUCGUUUUCGGAGGAAAGCAAAGAUGUUGACGAAAGUGAUGAAUGUCUGGAUUUAAACAAAUAUGAGUCUCUUAUCAAUACUUCACUGCAUAUUGUGAAGCGAAAGGAUUUCCUUUUGAGAGACGAGGAGAGCCUGAAUGACAUCAAUUCAGCGAAAGAGACUCUCUUUGCUGAAGGGAACCAACUCUUGAAAAACACAAUUCAAGGCAUAUAUCUGUCAUCUGAAGAUCAUUAUCAGUUCGACCAGUCCUGGCUCUGCACUCAUUGUUCUGUGCCUUCACUGUCCAAACGGCGCGUUUGUAUCGCAAGAUUAAAACAUCCGACAAAUUUGGGCAUCAAUUCAACGAUUAUUAGAUUUUUAAUUGUAGUGUUGGUUCCCAUCAAAGAGAAAGCGACAAAAAGUGCCGAAGAGCUCAGCCGUUCGUUCGCAACCGUUUUCGCUGAUCUCAACUUCAGACAAAAUCUCAUGAAUGCCACAAAUGAACAGCAAUUCAUUGAAUUAAUUGAGAAAAGAGCACAUAAUUUGUCUGAAAAGGCCUUUUUAAACAAAGAUUUCUUAGAGAAAUUCAGAGAAAAAGAGACAAGAUUUCGGUUGUCGUUUGGAAAGGGAAUCGUCGAGAAUGUGAAGCGAAGAACACAAUACUAUUGGAGUGAUUAUGUCGACGGUUUUGUGGGUCCGAAAACAAUACAUAAGACAGUGUCGACCACAAUAUCGCUAUACUUUGCGUGUAUUCUUCCGUGCAUUGCGUUUGGAGUAUUGGACGACAAGAAUACUGAUCAUAGGAUUGACACGAGACGUGCUCUAAUCGGACAGACUAUCGGAGGCUUCCUAUUCGCGCUGUUAGGCGGUCAGCCACUUGUCAUCAUUAUGACAACAGCGCCGUUAUGUCUCUAUACGAAAGUGGUGUUUGAUAUCUCCCAGGAUAUUGGUGUCGACUUCUACGACAUGUUUGCCUGCGUUGGCCUCUGGAACGCACUGUUCGUUGUGUUGUAUUCAUUGCUGGACGUGUCUGUCCUCAUGAGAUGGUGCACCCGAUCCACGGAAGAGAUCUUCUCAUUAUUCAUAUUCUUUGCGUUUAGUGUCGAUGCCAUCAAAAGCUGCGUAAAGAAUUUCGAGACUUUCUAUUGUGUGACUGAAUGUAAUAAUUCUGGUAUUAAUGAAUCGAUAACUACCACAAGUAGUGGCAGUGAUUGUGCCCAACAAAACAGUGUAUUAUUUUUGCUGCUAAUGUUGGCUACGGUUUGGUUGGCUCUCAUUCUCUAUGACUUCAACAAAACGCCGUACUUGAAUGGCAAUAAGCGAGAAAUAUUGGCCGAUUAUGCCCUCCCCCUCUCCGUCAUUGCAUUCAGUUUUAUCGGCACUUUUCUCUUCAGAGACAUCAAAGCGGAAGCCUUCAAAUUCAGUGAUCGCUUCGAGUUUAGCAGUCCUUCGUUCGCGAGUCUCACCGUCUCAUCCGUCUUCAUAGGGAUGGCUCUGGGCUUUGCUCUCUCACUGCUCUUCUUUAUGGAUCAGAACAUCUCCGCAGCGAUGGUUAAUAACCCCAAUAACCAGCUCAAGAAGGGCAGUGCCUACGACUGGGACCUAUUUGUGGUGGGAAUACUCAACGCAUUCCUAUCGAUAUUUGGCUUACCCUGGAUGCAUGGCAUACUACCCCACUCUCCCAUUCACGCCCGCAGUUUGGCUGACGUCGAGCAGAGAGCCAAAGACGGUUACGUUCGGGACGUCGUUAUCAGAGUCCGCGAGACUCGAGUGACAGGCCUUUUGAUUCAUCUAUUAAUUGGAUUAUCUCUACUCCUAAUACCGCAUCCUCUCGACUAUAUUCCCAUAUCAGUACUGAACGGACUCUUCCUCUACUGUGCCUUUGCUUCUCUUCGAGGAAAUGCAUUCUUUGAGAGGAUU